AUGGUCACCUAUAUCGAUAUCCCCUCAGCUCCCAAGCGCCUCGCUUACAUCCUGUCGAAACCGGGUAAAAGAGUCGCUACUGAAAUCGACCCGUCCUUCCCCACCGUAUACCUCUGUCACCCGCCAUGGACCAAUGGCUACUUCUACUAUCCUCAAUUGGAGGACUCUUCGUUGAACCAGCACUACAAUCUGCUUGCCGUUGACUUGCCCGGGCACGGACCCAGUCGUAUCAAAGAACCUUUGGAAGGUAAGAUUUCAUGGAAACGAAUGAGCCUCAUACUCUAUGAGGCUUUCCAAGCACUGGACGUCAAGAAAGCCCAUCUUCUUGGGAAUGACAUGGCCGCACUGGCGCCUAUGUAUAUGGCUAUAGGCCAUCCCGAGAUAGCUGAGAGCUUGAUUAUGAUCAAUCCACUUGGACCACCCGAACCAGAAUCUGACCUCAUGAAGCUGACUUGUAUCCUCUCCUGUCAGUUGCAAGCAGAGCUUAUGGAGUCCCAAAAUCCGGAUCUCCUCGAUAUCCUGGACACCAUCCUUGUCAAAUUCUGCACGGGGCAGAUGUCGAAUUGGAUCCUCAGAGAUAUCUGUGAUGGUCUGGCCGAUUUGGCGAGAGCUAAACUGCUCUGUGGAGAAUAUGAGGCUUACCACAGAGUAUUCAUGGCCCUCUUGACAAGUAGAUUUGCGGCGCCUUCCACGGAAGAGCUAUCUAGGAUGGACUUUCCUACCCUCAUCAUCGAAAAUUUUGUCCCGGGGGAGGAAGACGAUCCUGACUCCGGAAUUGACGUAUGGGUCGAUAUUGUGGGCAAGCUCAACGCUCUGUCCGCCUCACGCGGCAAGCCUUCUCUCGCAGCACGACAUGCACUGGUCGGAGAGUCAAUCACCAAAUCCAACUCCACCUCUCGCUGGACCACGAUGACCCACCCCGGGCUCCUCACACCUCUGCUGAAAGACUUCAUCGAAAACACCACUUCCUUUUCCCUCUUCGCCCAGACUGAAAGUCACCUUGGCCGUUGUCAGCCACGUGAACCCGAGUAUCCUCCCGACCUAGGUGACAUCCUGCAAGGUUCAUCAGCAGCGUCGUCAAGUCAGGGUGCGAUCAAGACAUGGGCGGAUCUUGUCGAUGAGAUGCAGCAGGGUGAAGGGAUUUCGGAGGUGUAUGUGGAAGUAGAGGAAUAG